AUGAAAAAUUUUGUAGUUUUAGCAGUUUUUGUCAUGUUUUUCAGUCUUAUUUCAGCUGAGUCAGUUGCCGAUGAGAAAGACAACUUCGAUGACUUACUUUCUGAUGUGGAUGCCAAGUUGAAGGACUUGGUGGAAGAGGUGGAAGAGGAUGAGUUUGCCAACAGGAGGAAAAGAGGCGCAGAUGCUGAAGAUUCGGAUGCACUCCCACACCCCAACUUAUACGAUAGCGAAGAAAGAAUAGCCAAGCUAUCUAUCGAUAUGAAAAAUAAUUAUUUGGAACUCUAUGGAAUGAAGUGCAGUCUGUAA